AGAGAACCAAAUAGCACUCACAUAUCAGUAUAACAUUUCUCAGACUUGAAACGAAAGCUACACAAGAAAGAUAUAUGAAUGCAUUAAUUUUUUUUUAUAAAUCAUGUUUAUCAAAGCAACAAUCAAGAAAAGAAACAUUUUCGGAGUGAUUUAUAAGCAGAUGUCAAUGACAGAUCCGCGCCCUUUGGUAUUUUAUCGGCUCGGCAAGAGGGAUUCCGAAGAGCUUGGUACUUGGAAUCAAGCACAUCAACGGUCAAGUCAACCAUUUUAAGAAAUACAACAAAGUGACGAGAAUAUUAUUGUCAUGAGAGCAGGGCACUAGGAAGCAAUCACGCUGUCAGUAUGGAGAUGCUACGGACUCUCGCUUCUCUCUUCUUCUGUGUCUAUUUCGUGCAUUCCUCGCCGCUUGAGUCAUCGAUUGGAGCGAGGAUGGAGAUAACAGAGAAUGAGGUCAAGACAGUGACUUUCAAUUUCACAGAGACUGAUAGGCCAGUGAAAAUAAUCGUUAGAAGUUCAGAUACUUUUAUCUUUAGUGUUAUAGAGGGUUCUCGCCAUAAUAUUACCAACGGAGAGUCCGGAAAUUUCACCGCUUAUAUUCGCGGGGAGUUUUUAGGACGUGCCGAAGUGCAUGUGUUUGUAAACAAACUCUUCAAAGGGACGCAACUCAGCAAUGCAAUACAAGGUGCGUCCGAUAAUGAAAGCUGGUACAUCACUGAGAAUCCGGUGGACGUGGUGGUGAAGCGAGCGGAGAGUCCCCUGUCGACAGUGUUCACGUCCAUUGUGAUAGUACUGGUGUGCCUGGCUAACAUCGCCAUGGGUUGUAAGACUGAUCUGAAGGAGGUGAAGCGAACUUUGAAGAGACCCGUGGCUCCGAUCACCGGUCUGGUCUCCCAGUUCACCCUCAUGCCACUGAUAUCCCUGGGAGUUGGUUACUUUCUGGGCCUGGAUGCAGCGCUGUGGUUUGGUUUCUUUGCCAUGGGUUCCUCUCCAGGAGGAGCUGCCAGCAACAUCUACUGUUAUCUAUUGGACGGCGAUGUAUCCCUCAGUGUGACCAUGACCUUCAUCAGUACUUUGGCUUCGCUAGCUCUGAUUCCAGCAUGGAUCUACAGUGUGGGUAUUAAUGUGAUCUACAAAGACAUAGAGAUUUCUAUUCCCUUCGUAAAUAUCAUCACAUCUCUAGUCGGCCUGAUCAUUCCUGUGGGCAUCGGGAUCCUGAUACAAAUCAAGAAACCCAACUGGGCCCGGUUUAUAGAGAAGUUGGUGCGCCCAAUCACUGUGCUAUUCAUCAUCCUGGUCUUCACCAUUGGUGUAUACGCCAAUCUGUAUGUGUUUGAACUCCUGACCCCUCUUACUUUACUAGCUGGGGCUUUAAUUCCUUAUUGUGGGUUUGCUUUUGGUGCUCUUGUAGCCUUCAUAACAAAACAUGACAGACAGAGAAUCCUGACAAUUGCCAUAGAGACUGGUAUCCAGAACACUGGUAUAUCCAUUGUCAUGCUCCAGUUGUCACUUCCGACUCCGGAUUCCGACAUUGGAAUGGUGGCUCCCAUUGUGUGUUCCAUUUUUACUCCUAUUCCCAUGGUGAUUGCCAUUACUGCAUAUGAAAUAAAGAAGCGGUGCUUUAAGAAGAAGGAGGUUGCCACUGGUGAGAAAUUGAAAGGACUAGAUGGGGGAGAGAAGUCAGAGAAAUUGGGGGUGGAGGGUUUAUCUUACCAGCCGGUUAGUGAGAAAGGGAGUGACUCUGAAACAGAGACUUGUAAAAAACAUGAAAAGAAAGGCAUUUAGAAAGUUUUAUGAAAAGGGGGGUUGCCAUGGACGUCUACUUAACAUAUUAUUUGAGGUUUUCAUUUGCUAGUCAGUACGGCUUGCGAAGUUGAAAUUGGAAAACUCUGAUACUCUCUGCCAUGUUUUUUAAUAAUGCGAAAAUGGAAAUGACAUUUUUUAUGUGAAAUAUCAUCAUGAAUACUUAUACAUGUAUCUAUGCUCAAAUAUGAAUAUGUAAAAGUUGAUGUUCCUCGCAAUAUAUAUUUGAUAUUCCAUGAAAAGUUUGCAUCUUGAGAGUGCUCAAAUGUUUUAUUGUUUUAUUCUUAAACAGUUUUAUUGCUGAUCAAGUUUUACACAUGUUUUUGUAUUUUUCCCCUUUAAGAUAUGUUAAGAAUUUUAUACCAAAUUAUCUGUAGAAUAUUAAUUUUUUUAUUUUAAGUUUAUUCAUCUUUCUUUAAAGAAAAUUUAAUUAGAGCAUACUUGAUGUAACCUUUUAUAUGUCUUUGUUUUAGAUUUUAUUAGUAUAAUGACAAUGCCAUAUUAUUUUUAUAUAGAAUUACUGGUAUAUAUACAAACUGAUUGCUGGAAUGUUUUAAAUCAUUCAAUCAUGUAUUGCCUUAAGGUACUACACCGAGACUUAUACUUUUUAAGACACUAUGUCACAAGAUGGCGAUUUAAAUGUUUUGUUAAACUGUUUGUAUCAAUCGAUUUAGAUGUAGAUCAUCAUAGCUCAGUGGUUAAAAUAUCAGGCUUGUGAAACGCAGGUCAUGAGUUCGAAUCCACCUGGGGCUUUUGUUUAUGUUUACUGUAAGAAAUUUUUGAAAAUACUAUUUUUUAUCUAAAGUUGCACAUUUUUUCGCCUAUUUGAUAUAUAUACUUCUUAUCCAUCAUGCUUUCUAUCAUAAUCAAGUAAUUGUCUGCUGAUUUGAGAAACUUUUUCAAGGUGUAGUGAGACACCUUAAACAACCUGUGUUGGUGAAAGUAUUUCCUGAAUUGAUUUUUCUGUGUCAAAAGCAAUGAUACUAUGUAUAUCAGUUUAUCAGCAUCGGUGAAGAUUGCAUUUGAAUGACAAGUCAUUAUUUGCUUGCUGUAUUUUGUUGACCAGUAGAUUUUGUUUUAGAUGGAGUGUUUUAUUAUAUUCUAGUCACAUCUUGUAGUCAAGUUUAAAUAAAAUGUAAAUUGGAAUCUAGCAGGCAGUUGUUAUUGUUAUCUGUAAUUGAUUCUAAAAAUGUAUGUUCAAUAUGACAUAUUUUUAAUACCUGUUCAUGUCUAAACAUGUUUUGUAUAAACAAAAUAUAUAUGUUUGUAUCUAGA